CUCUUUUUUUUUUUUACUAGCUGUCUUACCUUUAGUCAUGGCAGACAUUUAGUGAGUUGCUGUUAUCAGGAAUAAAGUAUAUUUCCUUGUCAGAUAAAUUGAAAUAUCAACUCAUUACAGGAUUUCAUAUUUACUUAUUUCUCGUACUAAAAGACUCAUUAGAAUAAAGCGUAUCAAAAACAACGUCCGGGAAGUGACCCCAAAAACCUUUUCAUUCGUUAGUUUUUAAUUUUUCUCUUCAAGUAAAAGAAACGUGGAAAAUGGUCGAAGGUAUAUACGCAAUGGAGCAGAUUUUCAUAGACGAAGAGACAGGUGAAAGUUUGAUGCAAUCUUUCCAGGACAAUUUAGAGAUGCGUAAUCCUAUUUGUUCAAUGAACAAUGCUGAAACUGGUGAACCUGAAGUUAAUUUUCAAGGGAGUGCUACGCAAAGAAGUAGGAAAGUACCUUUUCAGAUACCAAAACAAGUGAAAGAUAAUAUGAUGCCCAAGAAAUCGGGCUGUAAAUUAGAUAAUAUGGAAAUGGAGCCGGUUCCGAUAGGAUCAUCUUUCGGACAAGUAAAUCCAAUUUGCUUGUUUCUACCAGCUGUCAUAUAUUCUCGUUGGGUUUUGGUAUUACUUAUGAUAUUUGAAGUUAUUCUACAUGUUUGGGCACAUCGCAAAAAUAAGUUAUUGAAAAAUGCUAGCGUCUACUUUCGCUCACCGUUCCAUGCUAUAUCUUCUGAAUUUUGUGCUCUAUGUCAAAAUGAAAGUUGCAUGAAUCAAGUUGAAAAAUUGCAACAAAAACGUAUGCACAAAUUCUUUCGACAGUGUAAUUACAUGAAAAGAAUAGUUACAUGAAACAUCUUUAUAAAAGAUGAAAACAUAUUGUACUUUGUCAUUAUAGAUAAAUAUUUGAUCAAG